GAAUUCAACCAGUAAAAUGUAAAACCACAAUCAAACUCUGUAUCUCUACACAUUACAUCUCAGAUCGGGUCCCUAAAUUUUUCAGUGUUAAUUCUCCGAUACACAUAUACAUUCAAAUUCCACACAAAUACACAGAGACUCCAUCAAUGUCGCAAUCGAAGCCGCCACGGGGCUUCUCGAUAUUCGGGAUGGGCGGCGGCGGCAGGAAGAGUUCGGAUCCGGAGGUGUCGGCGCCGGUGAUGAAGUUAGAGACGGAUAGAGAAGUGUACAGGCCGGGAGAUCCGGUGGUGAUUACAAUUGAGAUUGAGAAUCCCGCAGCUAAUUGUUCACUUUUAGUUGAAUCACUGCGUUUCGAGAUGAAAGGGAUCGAGAAGUGCGAUACUCAGUGGUUUACUACUCAUAAGUCACUUGAUAAUAAGACUAAACGAGGUGAGUACAUAUUCAUGGAUUCUUCAGUACCAUCAAUUGUAGCGAAUCAAAUUAUUUCAGCCAGAGCAACAAGAACAUAUGUGGUGCGGACUCUUUUACCCAACAUUAUACCACCAUCAUACAGGGGAGCGACCAUUCGGUAUCUGUACUAUGCUAAAAGUAUAUUAUCUGGGCAGUAUUUAAUCUUGGAGAACGGACAGUUCCCUGGAGAAUCAAUACGAGAUAUUAAGAAGCUGGAAGCCCGUAUUCCAAUACAAUUAUGGGUUUCUCAGAAAACUAAUGGCUUGCUCUAUGAACAUGGACGGACUGAUGGAAUUGUUCCCCAUUCAACCAUCUUAUUGGAUGUUUUUUGGAAAGAAAUAAACACAGACACUGAUUGGGCUAGAGCGCAUGAAACUUAUGACGGAGCAGAGGAUGGUUAUGACAGCUCAAGGGACGAAGUUUCGUCCAUUUCAUCCUACAAUCCAAGCAAAGAAAGCUUACACAAAGCUUUUGGAAGUUCUUUGUCCCUGCAGUCAUCAGCAACUAGGUCUUCUAUUAAAGAUUAUCCAUAUCUGGAAGAUCGCUCGAGUAUAUCUUCAUACAUGCCUCUUCCUCGACUCUCUGUGGCUGAAGUCUUCUAUGAUUCCGCAGGGGAAGUUUUGUCUCCUCUGAAGUCUUUAUCUACUGAAUUCCCACUGAAGCAGUUGCAACAUGCUAAAUCAUUUAAAAUGGAUGAUGAGUCGGGCACACCAUCUGGCCCGGGAGCUGAUGAACCUUUUGCAUCAGAAGGCUUUGUUCGUGGAAGGUCAUACAACAUUAGACUAGAUGAUGAGGUUUUGUUGAGAUUUUCCCCAAAGAAUUCGGAAUCAACCUAUUACUUUAGCGAUAUGAUAGGUGGAACUCUUACUUUCUUUCACGAAGAAGGAUCUCGGAGAUGUCUUGAGCUUUCAGUAACACUGGAGUUGUCAGAGACAAUAAAUCGUCGUUCUGCUCAUCAAUCUCGUAGGCAUUCUCCAACAAUCACUAAGGUUCAGAGUGAUCAUUAUGAGGUUGUCGCAGAUUUGUUACAGACGAGCUUUCUCUUUUCCAUCCCUAUGGAUGGGCCGAUGUCCUUUUCUACUCGCCACGUCUCAGUGCAAUGGGCACUUCGAUUUGAAUUUUUCACCACUCCAAAGAAUAUUGACUGGACUAGAUUGGAGCACCCACUUCUGGUAGAGGGAAGGGAUAAAUGUGAAUGGGUUCUUCCUAUAACUGUGCAUGCACCUCCACAAACAACUUCAGCAGCUCAUAUUCAGAACGAUAAAUCCUUUUCUUUGGAACCCUUGUGGAUUCGUACUUAAAAUCAAGAUAAAGUCAUUUAAUGAUGAGGUGCAUGGAUGAAAUUCUACUUGGCUAAAUAUUCUUUUGAGUUUUGACUAGUAGAGGUGCAAGCUUGCGGACAUGGAAACUCAUUUGGUGGAAGGGACCACCACAAGGCUAUAACAUUUAUUAUGUACACACUUGAGAGAGAUGUGGUGAUUUUGACACCAAUAAAUGCAGCGCUUGUGACCGAGCUGAUGAAAUUUCAGAGUUUGCAUGUGUCAUUUCCCAGUUUGGACUCCCUUUUUUAUGUUGGUGUAUGUGUAUCCUGGCACUGCCUCUGUAACCUAUUCAGUUGUGAUAAUAGUUUAGUUGUGAUCAAACAUUGAUUUUCUGUAUAUAAAUCAGGUAGUUCUUUGUGAAGUAUUAUCCGUUUGUAUCAAAUGCAACAUUUCUAAAUAAUGGGAAACUACAGGUCUUGUUUUUAUAA